AUGGAGAUCAUCUUUGGGGUCCUCAUCCUGCUGGAGAUUAGCAUGGGGGUCUUGAGGAACAUGUUCCUCAUCAUGGUGUAUGUUUGCCUGGUUUCCUCCAGCCACAAGCUGACUUCCUCAGGCCUGAUCCUCGCCCACCUGGCCUUGGCCAACACUAUGACCAUUUUGGCCAAGGGCAUCCCAGAAACCCUGACAGCCUGGGGGAUGAGAAAUUUCCCGGCCUGGGUCUGCACUCUGGAGACCCUUUGGAACUUGUACAGCUCCCACUUCGGGGACUUUGUGGUGGACAAGGCUGCAGUUCAUGACACCUCCCAGACCAUGUCUAACAUCACGACAGUGACAGAAUUCCUCCUUCAGGGAUUCUCCGACAUCCGGGAGUUGCAGUUGAUCCAUGCUGCACUGUUCCUUCUGGUCUAUCUGGCAGCCCUGAUGGGGAAUCUCCUUAUCAUUGCCGUCACCACCGUUGACCGGCACUUGCACACCCCCAUGUACUUCUUCCUCAAGAACCUGUCCGUCAUUGACCUCGGCUACAUCUCCGUCACAGUCCCCAAAUCCAUCUUCAAUUCCCUCACGAAUGUCAACUCCAUCUCUCUGCUGGGCUGCGCUGCCCAGGUAUUCCUUGUAUUUUCACUGGCUGGAACAGAGAUGGCCCUGCUCACAGUGAUGUCCCACGACCGCUAUGUUGCCAUCUGCCGCCCCCUGCACUAUGAGAUCAUCAUGCCCCACGGGGCCUGUGUACGCAUGUUGGCUGCCUCUUGGUUCUGCAGCUGUUCGAAUGCCAUCAUGUACACAGCCAGUACCUUCUCUCUAUCCUUCUGUGGCCCCAUCACUGUCCACCAGUUCUUCUGUGAUGGUCCCCAGUUGCUAAGACUUUCAUGUUCCACUGACCAUGUCCCAGAAGAUGUGAGUUUAGUCAUCAGCCUCAUCUUAGCUUUCUUCUGCUUCAUGCUCAUCGUGGGCUCCUAUGUCCGCAUCUUCUUGGCCGUGCUGAGGGUGCCGUCAGCAGAGGGCCGCUCCAAAGCCUUUUCCACCUGUGUACCCCACCUAGUCGUCGUCACUCUGUACGUCACGUCUGGCAUAUCUGCCUGCCUAAAGCCAAUAUCAGACUCUCCCUCUGCACUGGACCUGCUGGUGUCUGUGUUCUAUGCCGUGGUGCCCCCUACCCUUAAUCCCCUCAUCUACAGCCUGAGGAACCGAGACAUUAAGGCAGCGAUGGGAAGGCUGCUAUGGAUCAUGGGCUCCAGUGACCCCUGA